CCUCCAUUGCACUCUGGAGGGGUGCCCGCCUAUGGUCUCCCCAAAGUGGGAGAGCCAACGUCAUAAUUUGUGCCAGUGGGGGCCUGCGUUCGCGCGGCUCCUGCCCAAAUUACUAAAUCCAAGAUUUUAUUGAAUCUAGCCCAAUUGCGGGCCGGAGAGUAAUAAAGUACGACACUAAAGCGAAUCGAGCCCAACAACAAUAAAAAAAUAAUAUGCAUAAGAAAAGGAAGACUUUGACUUAAAAGUUUUAAGAGGAUCUCCUCAUUGGUGCUCUGGCUUUUAUGUUAAAUAAGAAAAGGAAGACUUUGACUUAAAAGUUUUAAGGGGAUCUCCUCAUUGGUGCUCUGGCUUUUUAAUUGAGAACCAAACAAAUCAGACGGUUGGUUUCAACGUUUCUUGAAAAUGGUACUCUCCACUUUGCGUCGGGAAGACUGGAACUUGUACUGCUUUGUUCAAUCAAAGCUUUCCUGGAAUUGUGCAACUUGGAUCCUCAUGAUCUGCUAGUCAAUGUUUUCUGGAGAUGGAAGCAAAUGGGAAUUCAUCUAUAGAAAUUAUUGCAAUUUGCAGAGACCCUGUAUUUUGUGCUCCAGGCUUGAUCAUGUUAUCGGCAAUGAAAAUAACACUGAGCUUUAUCAGAAUCUGCUUUGCAGCAAGCACAUAUCAGAUCUCUCAUCUUUGAUUUCUUGUCGUAACCAUGGGAAGCUUGCUGAUGGCCGUGGAAUGUGUGAAGAUUGCCUAUUUUCAUUCACCACAAAGAACAAAGCCAACGCAGAAAUGCACAGGGUUUUGGAGGCUAAGUUGGAAGCGGAUAUUGGUGGUUCUGGUUUCCAAAGCUCAUUUCUAAACAUGGACUCCCUUCCUGGUUUCAUAGUCACAAAACGGUGUUCUUGUUGUAAUAAACCUUGGAACACAAGACAAAGUGCCAACAAAUUGCUCCAACUAAAAUCAUCUGAGAGUAAGGCUCCUAAACCUAAUAUUCCCUUGCCACAAUUACCAGGUCAUAGUCGUUUACAACGUCGGGAUAACUUGAAGAAGAUAAGGAAUAAAUUUCGUGGCUCAGUAACCACUCGUAGACUUGGAAAAAGUGGUUUUGAUCCAAUGUCUUAUGUUGGAUACAGAGAGUUGAAGAUCAAUUCUGAUUCUGAAACUGAGAUUCCAUGGUCUGAUGACGACAUUGGUAGAUGCAAUAAUCAGGAAGGUAGUGAGCCUGUGGAAGAUUUUAUAGAUCAGUGCACGUCAGAUAAUAUAGCCAAAGAACCCUCCAGUAAUUUCAAUACAGUAAAACCUACAAAUUGUUCAUAUAUUCUCAGGCCUUUCCUUUCUGAUCCAACUGUGCAGCAUGAUAUUAGCAAGGCUUAUGAUGUGAAAUCAUUGGCUUCUCAUGUUUCUCAUCAUGAUUAUGAUGGUAAACUUGAUUGGCAACAAGUCAAUCAGAAACCCAACACUACUGCAUUUCCUGAAAUUAUUUCUCUGGAUGAGAUCUCCCCACCCUCUGAACUGGAUGAGCUUUAUUCUCAAGAUAACAAACCCUCUUUUGUUGUAGCGCCAUCUUCAGAGAAGUAUGUUAGCAGAGUAAGUGAUCUUGAACAUGCAUCUAUUGACAAGCACAAGGAAGUCUUGAAAUCCACGAGUAUAUCAGCGGGACCUUCUACUAAAAUUGAUUGGGUUGUCAACGAUACCACUGUUAUAAAUGCAAAAAAUAGUGACAUAUUUGAUGUCUGCGAAAACGAAUCAUCUUGUGUUAUUGAACCUAUCAUGAAAGAACCUCAUGCAGUUGACAAGAAAUCAAAACCUUUGUCACUUCGAAACUCCUUAGGACAAGAGUGUAGUUUUUCAUCAAAAAAUACAAGUCCAGGAAGAGAUGCCCAGGAUGAUGAAGUUCAGAUAACAGAUGCUUCCAACUCUAAUGAAAUUCAGAUGCUUCGGAAGUCAGUGUCAGUGGAAUCUGGUCUUGAAUCUCUAGACAGAAGCAAUGUCACUGAAAUUGAAGGUGAAAAUAUAGUCGAUCGGUUACAACGACAGGUUGAGCAUGACAAAAGACGCAUGGCUGUUUUGUUUAAGGAACUAGAGGCAGAAAGGAAUGCUUCCGAAAUUGCCACAAAUCAGGCAAUGGCCAUGAUUACAAGGUUGCAAGAAGAAAAAGCAGCACUGCAUAUGGAGGCUCUUCAAUAUUUACGUAUGAUGGAAGAGCAAGCAGAGUAUGAUGUUGAGGCACUGGAGAAAGCUAAUGACCUCCUGGCUGAGAAGGAGAAAGAGAUACAAGAUAUGGAAGCAGAGCUAGAAUUUUAUAGGUUGAAUUUCCCAGAUGAAAUAAAAUCGGAAAAUUUUCAUGGUGGUUAUGAUAUGAAGAGCAAGAAUGAUGCAGAGACUCCUACUGUGGUCUGCAGAGAUAAUAUCAGCAUUCCUUGUAACUCAAUAACUACUGAUAUAAAAGCUUGUGGCAAAACUUUUGCAGCUAAGACUCCAUGUUUAGAGUUCGAAGAUGAAAGGUUGUAUAUCUCACAACAUUUGCAGUGCUUGGAGAAGAAGCUCUGUCAAAUUUUUCGCAAUGGCACUUUCUCCAACAUGGCUAAUGGUGAUCAUUCUAAGAAACUUGCAGAUGAUGGACAUAAGGGAAUAGGGUCUCGUCAAAAGGAGGAGAUUCUGUUAAAUAAUCAUAUUGAAGAAUAUUUACAUGAUUGUAACGGAAGCACUACCUCUCCAGAAGAUGGAAGUGCUUCAGAUGAUGAUGAUUGUUAUUGUUUAUCAAGCAACGGAAAUAAUCAUUUUGAUUCCCAUAGCCAAACAAAUUGUGUGCAUCAAAGCAGAAUUGAUUUAGUUGCUCUUGGAAAUGAAAUCUCUGACCUUAAUGACAGGUUAGAAGCACUUGAGACUGAUAAUGAUUUUCUUGAACAUAUGCUUAACUCUAUCCAGCAUGGAAAUGAGGGACUACAAUUUGUUCAAGAAGUAGCUCAUCAACUGCAAGAAUUGCGAAAAACUUGGAUAGGAUUAAGAAGUCAAUCUGUUCCUUAAUUUCACAUCCACUGACAUGAUGUAUAGGGGAAUCAGAAGGCAGAAGCUAGACAUACCAAUUCAAGUUUAUAAUCAGUCGACGUUUGGACCCAGCAUUUGAAGAACACAUGAACUUGCAUUCCUCAAGUUCCCCUACCAAUCAUGAAACUUCAGGCAUACAAUUCCAUGUAUGGGUCACUUAAAAUUCUGGAUCUAAGAAGAUGAUAUACAUACUAGGAGAUAGAGUCAUAAACUUAGAAAUAAGAUGUUCAAUUUUUCUUUCAUCUACGGGUUUUCAAUUUUCACUUUGUUUUGUUAGAUUAAAGAGAUAGUGAGGUUAAGUUUCAAUUUCAUGGAUGGGAAUGUGAAUCGGGUAUCUUUUUUGGUUCA